AUGCUGCCCAUGAUGAGAUCCCUUCCACGGAGUGGUACAGAUCCACACGUUCCAGACGUUUCCCCAGAGAUUCAUAGAUUCCCAAUCCAGGUGGCUGGGUGGCGAGCCAACUGUAUUUGUGAUUCUGACUUAAGACGGAUCUCUAGGAUCAUCUUCUUCAUCUCCUUGGUGACAUGGGACGAUGGCCUGGCAGUCCUGGCAAGAGCGUGGGCAAGAAAUUGCCUCUUUGAACACAAUCCACAAAGAAAUCAUCCUGUCUUCCCCUCGGUGGGGGAAAACAUCUGGGCAGGAACUCCAGGAACCAGGGUUCAGGUCAAAUCGAUGAUUAAGAGCUGGGUUAAUGAAGUUCAGCACUAUAAUUACUACACCUUGGCCUGCACCAACGUCUGUGGCCAUUACACACAAGUUUGGGCAACAACCUAUAAAGUGGGCUGUGCUGUGAUCUUCUGCCCUGAUGGGGUCCGACAGAAGUCUUUCUCACACAGACCAGGAGCCUUGUUUGUGUGUAACUACGCAACAGCACAAGUGGAGCUGAAGUGAAGGCUGCCGUAACAAUGGUUCAACACAAUGUUUCAUUUGCUGUGGCUGACCAUUUCAGCCUCUUGUACAGGGAAUGCUUCAGACUCUCCCACAGCUCAAAAUCUCAAGAGUGCCAGCACAAAAACUAUGUGCAUCAUUAAUCAAGCAGUUGCACCACAUUAUAGAAACGAGCUGGUAAUGUCCCUUUACACUGGUCACGGAUAGCUCAAAUGACACAGGUAAAUAGCCUGUUUUCUUUUCCUCAUGUUCAUGUCACACACACUGAAAUAAUACAUGCAUGCGGAGUUAGUUAUGUUCGAUAAUGUUACAGGACUAGAGAAGAUGAAAGCCUUACCUGUAAGGGUAUUUGAUACCAAAGUUGUGCACAGAUUUCUUGAUAUGUGCACCACAAUUGGAAGAAGCUGUGGCACAGGUGAUGUCAUAUACACUGCUCAAAAAAAUAAAGGGAAGACUUAAACAACACAAUGUAACUUCAAGUCAAUCACACUUCUGUGAAAUCAAUCUGCCCACUUAGGAAGCAACACUGACAAUCAAUUUCACAUGCUGUUGUGCAAAUGGAACAGACAACAGGUGGAAAUUAUAGGCAAUUAGCAAGACACCCCAAUAAAGGAGUGGUUCUGCAGGUGGUGACCACAGACCACUUCUCAGUUCCUAUGCUUUCUGGCUGAAGUUUUGGUCACUUUUCAAUGCUGGUGGUGCUUUCACUCUAGUGGGAGCAUGAGACGGAGUCUACGACCCACACAAGUGUAGUGCAGCUCAGCCAAGAUAGCACAUCAAUGCGAGCUGUGGCAAGAAGGUUAGCUGUCUGCCAGCGUAGUUUCCAGAGCAUUGGGGGCGCUACCAGGAGACAGGCCAGUACAUCAGGAGAUGUGGAGAAGGCCGUAGGAGGGCAACAACCCAGCAGCAGGACCGCUACCUCCACCUUUGUGCAAGGUGGAACAGGAGGAGCACUGCCAGAGCCCUGCAAAAUUACCUCCAGCAGGCCACAAAUGUGCAAGUGUCUGCUCAAACGGUCAGAAACAGACUCCAUGAGGGUGGUAUAAGGGCCCGACGUCCACAGGUGGGGGUUGUGCUUACUGUACAGCCCAACACCGGGCAGGACGUUUGGCAUUUGCCAGAGAACACCAACAUUCACAGUGAGCACAUCUGGGCGUCUCCAGACUCUGUUCCGUCUGUCACAUGUGCUCAGUGUGAACCUGCUUUCAUCUGUAAAGAGCACAGAAUGCCAGUGGAGAAUUUGCCAAUUGGCGUUAUGAGUAUUCGUUAGCUGCUGCACAGCAAACAGAUUGAAAAUAAUUCUAUUAAUAAUAAUUCCACUACUGACUAAAACAGAUGAGAGGGAAACAGGUAAAAAACAGAUUGAUACACAAUAGAAAGAAGGAGUUUGUGCUCAUAUUCACUCAUUCCCAGGUGAGUCUCCUCAUAAAGGUGCAGUCUAAAAUGACUGAGAUUAAACAUAUCCCAGUUUGGGUCAAUUCUGAACUCCAGCACUGGGUACAAUGUGGACUGAUCCAGUGUGAGUUGUUUUAACUCAGCAACGUUGUGUUAUUAUGUU